AAAUGUAAUUUCAAGAGUAAAAAACUCACAUACGUUUACUACGGAAGAGCAUUGCAUUCACCAAAUUAAAAAAAAACUUUAAAAAUGGUCUAAUUCAGGCAUUUUUUUUAUUAAGUUCUCAAAAAAAAUAAAAAAAUAGGGGUAGCAUUAGGUUUGGUGUAGUUCUCUCCCUGAUCGAUAGGUGGCGAUAACGCGCCAACCACGUGUCUUCCAGCUUUUUUAAACGGCAUUGAAGAAGUAGUGCUAUUAGAGUGUAAAGUAAAUGUUUAAAAAGAAAAGAGUUAUGAAUUACAUGGCUCAGACAGCGUGGCAAGUUUUCUUACGUGACGAAUCUUGACGCUGUUUUUAUUUUCAUCGAAUAUCCUUGAACGAGUCGCUGCUAGGAAGCAGCGUCUCUACAGGACAAGCUGUCGACAGAAGAAUGGACCCGUUUAUCAUCAUCUAUAUCAGGUUAAACGCUUAGAAAAAAGGCCCUAAAAGUCGACCAUGUCUUCAGAGACGUGUUCGCGGGUGGACACCAACCGGCAGGUUUCAGCGGCUAAAAAUGGUUAUGGAUCGAUAUCGUUGAAGCAGAUGUCACCGUGCUGGUUCCCCUCAGCUCUGCUGCUUCCUGUGUGAGCUUCCCUCCCCGCGGCAAGUCUUCGGUUUUGGACACGUAGCUGUUUGGAUCAGGACUCGGUUCUUCAGCGGCCAUGUCGAGGUCCGGUCGGCGGUACAAGCCCCUGCAGCAGAGCGGCAACGGCGGCGGCUUCUUCCCCGCUCGGUGUGACCGCGUGCGGAUGCCCAGAGCCCGGGUGCUGCUGCUGUGCUUCCUCGGUGUCCUGGUGCUGGCGGCGGCGGUCCUCCGUGCUUACCUGCCCAACGACACGGCGGGCGCUCAGGUGAGCCGCGUGCCGGCUGCAGACCUGAGCAAAGACAGGUCGUCCCACAAACCCAGCAAAGUCUCCGCGGCUCAGAUCAGCCGUCUGGCCUCCCAGGUGGACGCGGCUCGCCUGUGGGAGACUCACCUGCGGCCGAUCCUGAUAGAGAGGCUCCCGGGGACGAAAGGCAGCCUGGCUGUGCAGCAGCACAUCACCUCCACCCUGUCGUCGCUGUCUGCCGGCUGGGCCGUAGACCUGGACUCCUUUCGGUCGCCGACUCCUCGAGGUCAGGUCACCUUCACCAACGUCGUAGCGACUCUGGACCCCACGGCUCGGCGGAGGCUCCUCCUCGCCUGUCACUAUGACUCGAAGGCCCUGCCUCCAGACCCGCGGGCCCCAGAGAGGGUGUUUCUGGGGGCCAGCGACUCGGCGGUGCCCUGUGCUAUGAUCCUGGAGCUGGUCACCUCGCUGGAUGCACAGCUCAGGUCCUUCAAACUGCAGAGACUCCCAGUGACCCUUCAGCUGGUGUUUUUCGACGGCGAAGAGUCAUUCGAGGAAUGGACCGCCACAGACUCGCUGUACGGCUCUCGCCACCUGGCCGAGCUGAUGGCGAGCACGCCUCACCCCACAGCGUCCUCACACACCACCCUGCUUCAGGCUGUGGACCUCUUUGUGCUGCUGGACCUGCUCGGGGGUCCCAACCCGCUGAUUGCAAAUCACUUCGAUAACACGGCGCGAUGGUUCGACCGCCUAAUCGCUGCAGAGAAGAGGCUCCACCGGCAGGGUCUGCUGAAGUCCCACCCGUCAGAGCAGACGUACUUCAGGAAGGACGUUUACCUCGGACCUGUACAGGACGACCACAUCCCCUUCCUUCACAAAGGCGUCCCCGUGCUUCACAUCAUCGCCACGCCCUUCCCUCAGUUCUGGCACACGCUGGACGACACAGAGGAGAACAUGCACCGUCCGACCGUAGAAAACCUCACUAAGAUCAUGGCUGUGUUUCUGGCUGAAUACCUGGGUUUGUGAACAAAGGAACGAUCCACAGACUGGUGGAACACACUAAGCAGGACAAACCAGAUGUAAAGACUUGUUCCCUGUUGGGCUUUCCUCAGUCUGGAGUGAAGAAUGAACCAGUGAAGUUGGACACUGGGUCUUAUUUUAAAGUUCCUGACAGGAGCACCUGGAAAUGUGAACAAACUUAUUUUAUUUUUUAUUUGCUGUUGGUUCCGUGAAGAUAAACCUUAGCCUUAAUAAUUGUUCACGCUGUUAACAUGUUGAAGAUGCACUUUACUUUCUUACAGGAAGACUUGUGAUCAGCUGCAGUGCCAGGGACAUCGUCACGAUGUUUAACAAACGCUUUUACACAGUGUUUAAAGUCUACUGUGAAUGAUUUUAUUUCUUUCUCUUUAGAGGUGGAGGUAAAGAAAAGGAUGCAUUACAUAUGGACAUAAUCACCAGCAUAAUCCCUUAAACAGAUUAAGUGGUUUGUUUUAAAAGUCAUUGUGUCACAUGUGAAUACAACAUGUAGAUCAUCUGCAGGGCUUUAUAAAUUUAAACUGGCAACAUGUUUACUGUUUUUUUUGUGUGUGUGUGUCUUGUUUUGGUGUCAUGUCUUGGUACUCUGUUUUAAUAAAAAUAGCAGUGUGUCAUCAAUGAAGUGACAACCUAA